AUGGUUCCUCCAUUUGUUGACGAAAACAGCCCGACGUUCCGCCUGCAAAUUCAUGGUGAAGAAGUUUACAGAUGCAGAGAAAUUUGUGGGAAGCAGGCGAGAGUGUUCGACUUACUUCAAGUGAGUGUCAAGCCGCUUGGUUACCAGUUUGAGGAGCCUGCUCGAGAUCGUAUUGGACACGUAAUCGCCGAAAGCAUUCGGCGAUUUUGGCGAAAGAUCCAAGCUACGGCGGAACUGAGACUUGGAUUAAACUGUCCAUUAAACCAGAGGAGAUCAAUUUCAAUCAAUCAAUCAUUUUCUUAAAUAUUUAAGCUCUAUUGCAAAAACUGAAUUUACUUACCCGCCAUUUGGGUUUUAAUUGAAAAAUUGCUUUUGGGGGUCAAUAUGAGAGCUAACAUCUUUCGAAUGGAGAAGCAAAACAUUACAAUCAGCGACGAGUGUUCUACCUUCCGCGCUCAAUUUUACUCACCUCGCAGCGAGUUUAUUUACGACAUAA